UCUUGUGUCAAUAGCUCUUGGGUUGAGAUCAAAACUCUGCAGUGGUCAAUUCAAACAGUGGCCCCUCUUAAUGUAAUCCUGCUUUUUGGAUACUUGUCUUGUUGCAGCACAGAACUUCUAUCAGACCUCAGUUAUACUGUUUGCACCAGUCUUCAGGUUCAGCAUGGCUGUCAACCUUCCCGGACUGAUAGCAAUGCUGUUCUUCUACCUGCUGGUUCUCGGAGUCGGCAUCUGGGCUUCUAUCAAGUCCAAAAAGGAGGAGAACAAAAGUGCGGCUGACAAACUGGAGAUGGCUCUGUUGGGAAACCGAAGCAUAAAAAAGGUGGUGGGGAUCUUCACAGUGACAGCCACGUGGGUUGGAGGCUGCUUCAUCAUGGGCAUAACUGAGAUGAUAUACACCCCCUCUAUGGGACUAAUGUCAGCGGUAAACCUCAUAGCAGCUUAUUGUUUUUCCUUAAUUUUGGGUGGCCUUGUGUUCAUCAAGCCAAUGAGAGACAACAAAUAUGUGACCAUGUUGGACCCUUUCCAGAUCAAGUAUGGAAAAGCAUUCACAGCCAUUCAGUCACUGGGUGCACUUCUCAGCGAUAUUUUGUGGUUGGCUGGAACACUAAUCAGCUUAGGUGCCACCAUGAAUGUGAUUUUGGAUUUGCCCUACUCUGUGAGCAUCUGGAUCUCUACUGCUGUGGUGAUUGUCUACACACUGCUGGGCGGCCUCUACUCUGUGGCAUACACAGACAUCAUACAGGUCAUCCUCAUUUUCGUCACCAUGAGUGUCUGUUUACCGUUUGUCCUGAUAAACCCCACCCAUGUGGACAUUACUCAGACGGCCCUGAACAACACUUUCCAGGCGCCCUGGAUUGGUAAACUGGAGAGGAAGUUUGCUUGGACCUCUAUCGAUACCUUCUUAUAUCUGUGUCUGGGAAGCCUGGGAACCCAAGCCUUCCACCAGAGGAUCUUGUCUGCUACUUCCACAUCGGCGGCUAGGACCACAUGCUUUGUUGGGUCUUUCACUGUUAUCAUAUUUGGAAUACCUCCUUUACUGAUCGGGGCAGUGGCUGCAUCCACAGACUGGAACCUCACUUCUUAUGGUUCUCCGUCUCCGUUGGAACGUGGGGAGGCAGCUAUGGUCCUGCCUAUCGCCCUGAACUACCUCACCCCAAAGUUCGUCGCUAUCAUCGGCACCGGAGCCAUUUCUGCCGCUGCUAUGUCAUCAGCCGACUCUACUUUGCUCUCCGCAGCCUCCAUUUUCACUUGCAACAUCUACAAGACUAUCCUGAGGCCUCAGGCAUCACAGACAGAAAUCCAGUGGGUGAUCCGUGCUACUGUGGUUGUGGCAGGCUUGAUCGGUGCAUCACUCACCAACUUUAAAAAUAGUAUCAUUUGGAUGGUGUUCCUUGGUUGUGAAGUGUGCUACAUAUUGAUCUUCUCUCAGCUUGUCUGUGUCCUCUUCUUCAACAUAUCCAACUUCUACGGGGCUGUUAUGGGCUGGUCGACAGGGUUGGUGUUAAGACUGCUCAGUGGAGAGCCAUCACUAGGGGUAGCACCAGUCAUACACUUCCCAGGAUGCACUCUCGAGGAUGGCAUUUAUGUUCAGUACUCCCCAGUGAGGACCAUCGCCAUGCUGUCUGCCAUCGUUGCCAACUUGUUGUUCUCCUACCUGGCUUCUGUGCUUUCCAACAAAGGGUUGCUUCCUGAGAAGUGGGAUGUGUUCAAGGUGAAAGCCCAGCACUCAGCACAACCACCGACACCAAGCGAUGACAGCAAAAGAUACAAUGAGAAGGAGACGCUUGAUGAAAAAGAAUCUCACCAAGAUACAUUAGAGCCAAUGAUUACCACUACAUGUUAAAGAUUUUAUGUGCAGUACUUUAAUGUAAUAAUACUAAUUAUUAUUAUUACUAUCAACAUGCAAUCAGUUUCUUUUGGAGUAUUCAAGCUACUGUAUUCGGGUUUUUCAUAAACGGGGGCUUAUCCUCUAAAGAUGAGGAGGACUGGAACAAAGAACUGGACCAGGGAGGAUCACAUUGCUUGUGAUAUGGAUGAGUUGAUGUAGCCAGACCCUGAGAGAAGGCGGGAUCCAUUGUCAAAAAUGUAUAAAUAGUUUAUUUGUUUUGGAUUUUGAUGAGAGGUUUUCAAAUUUGAUAAUAAUGCCACUUAAUCAAAAAAUUGCGUUUAUUUAGUCAACAGCAGCAUUUACACUAUUAUUAUUAAGAGGAAAUAUUUUAUAAAGAAAGCCAUCAAUUAAAUAUUUACUUUUUUUAAUUUUAAUUGCCUUUUGGUCGCUCUCCAUACUGUCUGCUAUCAUCACAAUCCGGUCCCAUUGCCAUCAGACUACAUAACAACAGUGGAGACCACAGACUCAUUACUCUCCAUUUUUUUGACUCUCUGUUGGGCUGAUUUAU